AUGCCCAUCCCCCUCUUCACCACCAGCGAGAAGCCCAACACCGCCGAGACGCAAACCUCGCCCCCCAACCCCACCGUGACCUCCACGCCCCUCACAAGCGGCAGCAACCUCUCCGAGCGCCGCAGAUCAAGCGCGUCCGAAGAACACCACCAGCAAGCGCUGACCGCCUCAAGCUCAGGCACGGCGAUGAGCGCGGCGAGCUCCGGCAGGGAGCGGACGAAGGAGGAGAGGGAGGAGGCGGACAGGCUGUAUGAGGAGAGGAUGGAGGAGGAGUAUGCGAAGCGGGAGGGGGGAGCUUAG